CCGUAGUUCAUUUCUUCUUCCCGUUCUCUCUCUUCGCCAAGCCAAAAGGUCCGAGCUUUGCUUUCCUCGUCCCGGUUGUCAAUUGUCAUCUCUCGAAGACUUCGACACAAAAAUACACAAAAAGUGAAUUCCUCUAUUUUCUUUUCUCUCCUUUGCUCUAAAUAUAGUCAUUUUCUGCAACUCUCUAAAAUCAAAGAAGAAGAUACAAUGGCAGUGCAGAUUUUGUCAUUUUCACCUUCCUUGUCGUCGUCGCUCUCAUUAUCGUCAAGUGUAUUAUCAUCGGCAUUGGCCAUAACUGCUACUUAUAGGUUUCUUAUGAAUCCCAUUGAUCGGCAUGCUUUCGAUGGAGUUUGCAUUUGUGCCCCCACUGUGACCAACAAAAGGGCUGGAAUUAUUGCCUAUGUGUCUUUGGAAGUUGCUGAUGGCGGUGGGUCCCAGUCAGAAAGUGAUGAACAAGUGGAUCUGGCAUUUGAUAAAAUUCCAGCGGAUCCAAAGCUCCAGCGGAAGCUGGAGCACAAGAUGAAAAUGAAACUGUCGAAGAAGAUUAGGCUUCGAAGCAAGAAGCUACAAAGGAAACGGAGGAUGAGGAAGAGAGGCCGCCGGCCUCCUUCGAGAUGAAGAAGUGAAGCAAUGUCUGACUUUUGAGCUUCAAUUUAUCUUGGCAAUCUUGCAGUGAUUGAAGUGGUGGUAACCGAAGAGCAUGGUAACAUAUUAAGCUCGUAUUGAAACCUCAGGGCUGUGUCUUUUUGUUGGUCCUCACUAAGCCGGGUUAGUGAAAUUUGUUAUAAUUGUUCUGUAAUACAGAUGGACCUCUGGCUCUGGCAAUGAAGUGGAUAUUCUUACUUU